AUGCAGUCAACACGGGUUCUCGCAUUCACAUCCAAUGUCGCCCGUCGCUAUGCCCCAAAAUACCCCCGCCCACGACCUGGCACCUCAGAGCGCCCGGCAUACCACGCAAAAGACCCUCUCAUCAACAACCCCCAUGCUGUUGUGACCAACCUGGAAGAGGACAACCUGACGUUCAUUCACCGACCACCCCCGACCGCCCCUUCACCGUUCUCGCUCACCACUGCACCCGCUUCUCCCCUGCUGCGCCCUCCUACGACGCCCGCUGAGGGCCCUCUUCCCCCACUUACCCGCGCCCCUCCGGCUAGCCCGCCUCACCGACUGUCUGACGAAAAACUGGAGAUGCUACGCAAUUUGAGAUACUCGGAUCCUACCACAUAUACUCGGAAAAAGCUAGCACGGAUGUUCAAAUGCACGCAGACGUUCGUGGGCCAGGUCGCCGCGUUAAAGAAACCCGAACGGAAACGAGUUCUCAAGAUACGCGACGAGAAACACGAAGUAGCACGCCAGAAAUGGAGUGAGCGACAUUCAAUUGUCAAGGCCAUCGCCAAAAAACGGCGCGAACUGUGGUGA